AUGGUGGGUGUUCCUGGUAGAUCCAAGGGAUGUAUCACAUGUCGAAAACGCAAGAAAGGAUGUGAUAAGAAAAUGCCCUUUUGCGGACAAUGCAUCGCUCUAAACAUCCCAUGCGGGGGCUACGAUAAGCAGUCUAUCUGGCUCAACAGCAAAGGGUCAGCACAAACAUCUUAUACCAAGUCGUCACAAAGUGACAGCCUCGACAUAAAACCCAUCUCAAAGCCACCCCCCAGAACACAAAAGUUCACUGGACUUUUCUGGGUGGAUUAUCUCUCAGGAGGGAAUGGUUUCUCACUCAAGGCUUCAGGUACAACGAGCUUUCAGCGAAUGCGACUCUACGAGGAUUUAAGCCGGGUAGAGCCCGCUCUUCAAUAUGUUGCGAUGGCACUGAGCACGGCUACUCUUGGGGCAAACAGCAACGAUAUGCAACUUACACGAAUGAGUCAACAGGCAUACGGUUUAGCGUUGCAGCAAAUGGCCAUUUCUUUAAAUGCGUUCAGACAAGACAAGGACGGCAUGCUCGCAGCCAUUCAGCUAAUGCGAGUUUACGAAGUAUGCCGCCCGAUCCUUCUAGCAGUUGCCGUACUAACAGAACGUCAGCAAUUAUUUGGCACAGUUUUCAUUGACGACCCGAGAAGACCGACAGCUCAAGGCUUCAAAAAACACAUCGAUGGCGAAACAGCACUCAUCUUAAGUCGUGGCCCCGAUGAUACCUGGUCUUCUAUGGGUCGCCAGCUGUUGGCUGAUGGAUGUCUUACUCUGAUCAAUGCCUGUAUUUCUAGAAGAACAAGAUCACCUUUCAGUCAACAUCAGUGGAAGCGAACACCGCUUUGGCGCUCAGUGACUAACUCGCCACUCAACAAGCUCAUUGACAUCUUGGUAGAGAUCCCAGGUCUUCUGGAAGACUUGGAUUUUCUUCGGCAAGCUUCUCAUUCGAUGAAAUCAGAGGAGCUGGCCGAUAGGCUCAACAAUGCAUGCCGUGAGUGUGAGUUUGGCCUCUUAGCUUGGGAGGUAGAAAUAGGCGAUAUUCUCAAUACUUACGACUACACUGUCGUGGGGAAAGUUCUACCUCGUCCCAACAAUGACGACGAUCUAGCUGUUAUUUACUUGAGUUGUUAUUAUUGGAUGACUUGUCUAAUGGUUUACUCAACACUGGGCUUCUGUGAACUUGAAGAAACAAAGACCAGUACAAAACGCGACCUUAUGGACUGUCCAAGCCAGAGAAUCGCCACAACUUACGCCUACCGCAUCGCACACGCAAUUCAUCUGCUAUUCCAGCCACCAGCUGGGGACUACAGCUCUGUGGCUGCCUUUUUCCCUCUUGGAAAUGCUAUACGGUAUCUUAUCAUGACGGAAACAUACGGUGGCCAGAGGACGAUGAGCAACGAAAGAUUAUUACUCACGAAAGUCUUUGCAGGACCAUUGCUAGGGAGUUUUGUUGGUCAGUUUUUGAAGAAUUUGCAGGCUGAUGAUGGUGUUGACUAUGGAUAUCCUGCAGAGAGGCUGGUGGGCAUGGUAGGUGUUGAGUUUAGAGCGAGGGUAUGGUGGUGUGGUAUGCAGAGAGCUGGGGUACCGGACAUGCCUGUGGAAGGAGCAUGUCUUUGA